CACGAAAGGAAUCAAUCUAGAUGCUGACGCUCGUAUUAGUAACCUUCACUGAGUCCUUGCCCGCAUAUCUAGCCCGAAUUCGGCGAGAUCGGGCCCGGUGAGCAAGUUUCUUUGCAGUCUUCAGGCCACUCACUACGUGCUAUUAGAGUCUUCACGCACCGAAGGCCUACAGCGCACUGAACAACGGACAAGCAGCCAUGACGGACUCUGAGCGAUCGUACGUGUCGCGAUUCUUCUCCUCUCAGUUUUCCCGACUCCCCUACCCGACGCAGGAUUUCACGGAUGCCGUAGUCCUAGUGACCGGGGGCAAUACCGGCCUCGGUCUGGAGGCAGCACGGCACUUUGUGCGGCUGCAAGCGGCCACCGUCAUUCUGGCUGUGCGCGACAUGCAGAAAGGACAGAAGGCGAAAGACUCCAUCGAAGCCACCACGAAGAUCCAAGGGGUCGUCCAGGUGUGGCCGCUGGAUCUGGAGAGUGUCCAGAGCGUUCAGGACUUCACCACCAAAGCCGCGGGCCUCCCUCGGCUGGAUGUGGUGGUGGCAAAUGCCGGCAUUUCGACCAGCGAAUGGACCCUGAUUGGCGGAACAGAGCGAUCGAUCCUCGUCAAUGUGAUCUCAACUUUCCUGUUAAUUGUGUCGCUCCUGCCUAAGCUACAGGAGACAGCCACGCAGCAGCACACUCGUCCCCGGGUCGUGGUCGUGAGUAGCGAAGGCCACGAGACGACGGAGUUUGUGGAGCAGAAGGCCGAUCGCAUCUUCGAUGCGCUCAAGGAUAAGACUCAGUCGAACAUGGAUGAACGCUACGAUACUACCAAGCUCAUUCAACUGUACCUUGUGCGCGCGGUUGCCGAGCACCUGAGCCUAUCCAACAAGCCGGCAGUGACCAUCAACGCGGUCUCCCCGGGACUCUGCAAGACCGGACUUCUCCGCGAGACGCCUCUCGCUGCUCGCAUCCUGAUUAGCCCGAUCAAGGCGGUGCUUGCUCGCAGUGCAGAGGAGGGGAGCCGGACGUUAGUGCACGCCGCGGGGCCCGACAAUGGCGAGACCCAUGGCAAGUACUUGCGCGACUGCAAAAUGACCGAACCUGCAGCUGCUGUCCGCAGCGAGCAAGGCCAAGCGACGCAGGAGAAGUUGUUCAAGGAGCUGCUGGAGGAACUGGAGGAGGUUUGCCCUGGAAUACGAGGAAAUCUGUAAUCGCAGUCGCGCAAGAUCGCAUAGGAAUUCCAAUUCCAGCUGACAAAACAUACUUUUUAC